AUGCCUCCGAAGAAGAAUGAGCCAUCUAAAAAAGCAGUCGACAAAGAAAAGAAAAAGAUAAUCGAGGAUAAAACGUUCGGUCUGAAAAAUAAAAAGGGUGCAAAGCAACAAAAGUUCGUUCAACAGGUACAAAAGCAGGUUAUAUACGGAAACAAGUCCGCUAAAGAUGGGACUUGCACCAAGGGCGAAAAGUGCAAAUUUUCCCACGAUCUUAAUAUUGAGAGAAAAACUGAAAAGAAAAAUCUUUACGAAGAUGAACGGGGCGAUAUGGAGCAGUGGGACCAAGCCGAACUGGAAGAUGUUAUUACUAAAAAACAUGGCGCUCAAAAUAAGGGUCUUCCAGCGACAACGAUCAUUUGCAAGUACUUCCUAGAUGCCGUCGAGGGAAACAAGUACGGUUGGUUUUGGGAGUGCCCGAACGGUGCUGCAUGUCACUAUCGACACGCGCUUCCUCCCAAUUUCGUUCUGAGAAAGGACAAGAAAAAAAUGGAUGAGCAGAAGGAAACUAUUACACUUGACGAACUUAUCGAGACUGAGGUAAUGCUCCGCUGUUAUUUAAAGUUUUUCCUAAACUUUAGAGCUUAA